GUUAUCUGUCAAAUUUCAUAUAAAAUUUUGACAGGCCUUCCGAUAAAAACGCAUCCGAUGGAGCACAGACACGGGCCUAAACAUUCCAACAAUCAUUAUUGCUAGAGGCAUACAUGCUUUUCCUUUCAAAUGUAUGGACCAGUUAACAAUUUUCUUGAGAUGACCAGAUCGAUGUAUCAUUAAAAUCACACGAGAUACGAGUUGACAAGCAGUUUUGACAAAGUUGAAUUUUUUUUUCAACAUUUUGUCACCUCCGUGGCGCCCCGCCAUAUAACGUAAAGUGCGAUUGAAACAUUCGCGCGCUUUUGACGCUGCAGAACCUUACAACAGUGCAACUCUGGUUGACAAUCGGCAAUUGGCUGUCAAAAACCACGACGCCAAUAGUACCGACACGCGCAUCCGAACCGAAAAGCUAAAAAUGGGGAGAAAUAAGGCUGUAAAACGAAAGUUUUAUAUCAACAACAGGCUAUUGAACCCCGCUACGCAAAGUGCUACGAGAGAAUUGAUACAAUACUUUGGGGAAAAUGUGUGCGAAACCUCGUCGAAAUCAAUCGCGGAACCAACUGUACCACCGUCAUCAUCUGCCCAACCGGAAUUACAACCGCAACCGCCAUCGGUUACACCAUCCGUUGCAACUGUUGCAGGGUUAGGAGCAGAGUUCGGAACAGCAACAGGCACCAUCUCCACAUUGGGCGGCGCUACCAAGUACAUGCGACCGGAACUGGCAACAAUGCUCGGUCUAGUCAAACAGGUUGAGCCGAUCAUGAAGAAGCAACCGGCGCAGUUCACUAGCAUGUACCAGGUAGCCACGCGCAGUAACCUUGAAGGAGAGCUGGUCAAGAAUUGCCUCAACCCUCGGCAGGGUAAGAUUGUGUUUAGGACUGUACUACCGUGUACGGUCAACGAUAUGGUGCUCAUACCGCCAAUGGCCAGUCAUCAGAGACAAUGCCCAGACACCAAAAGCCGUUACAGCUUUAAGGACAAUAAAGACCCGGAACCGGUGCUGAGCGACUAUCUGCGUCCGACACCGGUUACUUUCCACUUUGUGCAAAACAAUUCGCAAUCCGUGUUGGGCCCCGUCGCUGCCGGAGAAUCGUGGAACAACUUCAGCAAUAUCGUGCAAGUGCUAAAGCAUGUGGAGCCGCGCAAUAAGAUGGCAUGCGUUAAGAUGGAUUAUGAUGAGGUACCGCGCAUGCAUGAUGCGACAGCUGCAGCUGGUGGUACAGCUAGUGGCAGUGGAGCCGGGGGAACUUAGUGUGGUCCAUUAUUAGUAGUGUUUAAGCUUUCAAUUUUCCAACAUUUAAAAUCUCAUACAUGAAUUCAGUUAGAACUAUUGCUCACUUACACUUCACUAUUAUCGAUCGUUCGUCACUUAGCAUCAUCGUUCCUCGUAGCUGUUCUAUGUUCUUUCAAUUUCGUCUUUUUUUUGUCUCUGACUGCUACUUUAGCAUUGGUUUUUUGUGAGCAGAACGUUCGAGACAUAAAACGUUUCAAAUCAUGCAUUAUUAUAUACAUUAAUUAAUAAAUCAUCCACAUAAUUCCUCGCUCUGUACUUUACCUUUCUGUUGCGUUAUUUUUGAGUAAAUUAUUUAAACGCCACAAGUUCAAGUUACUCAAUGGCGAGAUGGAAAGCACUCAUUGCCACUCUGUUGGAAUAAAAAAACGUAGCCAGCACCACUCACGCACACUCUCUGUAUGUAGCACCUGCGCAGGUGACAAGCCGUGAGUGCCGGGAAGUGAUCGCGAUCGUGAUCGGAUCGCUUCGACCGAUGAGAGAAAGUCGUUUCCGGGACUAUGGGCAUGGGAAACAACGCGAUGGCCAGAUUGAGCUCGUGUUGACAGAAUAACGUCCACGUCAUGCCCAUAUCCAGGAUCAGCUUCGCGUAAAAUAGAAGAAAGUAAAUCCAAUAUUGUGUCUGUCUGUCAAAGGAUUAUAUGGACUCUUUCGUCACGAUUCAAUAUUGUGAAAUAAAAAACGAAAUAAAUGGGGCAACUAAACUGAA